AUGGGAGAUGAAAAUGUCACAGAAGUUGGAUGGUAUGUUCUCGGCGAGAAUCAACAACAACUCAGUCCUUACGUCUUCUCAGAGGUGCGCGAGCAUUUCUUGAAUGGAUACUUGUCUGAAAACACACUUUUAUGGUCUGAAGAAAAAACUGAUUGGCAAUCUUUGUCUUCAAUUUAUGAGCUUCAGGAUGAAAUUAAUCGACCUGAUUCUUCUUCAAAUGCGGGAUCUAUUGAACUUGUUGAUGUCUCCAGUGAGCUUCCCCAACUUAUGCGUUGGCUGGGUCUGAAGAGAUGGAAGAUAUUGAUUAUUCUAAAUCCUUUCCUCCGUUCCAAACUUUUCAUCUUCCAAACGACCCGCCUUCUUCCUUCCACUACAAAUCGACAUGAUAUCAGCCUUUAUUUGCGUCACCCUCAUCUCUGUUUUUUAUGUUAUUUGUUUGUCCCUUCCAUGGCCAGACCCUUUGAAUUGGUCAAAGACAUUAGCGAUAGAAAGGAACUCUGGAAAUUGAGCGAAGCCCAUGGAUUUCUUUCUUAA